AUGUUUCCCCUCAGCAACACCGUAAGAGCGCCCCCUACCGCCGAGCCUCCUGCACACCACGUCCUCUACCUUCCGGACUCUGAGCAACAGCAGAAUCUCACCGCUCAACGCGCCGACGUAACACAACACGACACAGACAUCGCGGGCUUUCGCAACCCAUGGCCGUCAUGGCAUAAGCACACCCGCGCCGAGCUCCUGCAGAGUUUGCAAUGGGGAGAGCUCAACGAUGGCUGCGUCGAGCUCGCCGCGUCCCAUCUCCCCGACAGCCCAACACCGCCCCCAAAACCCGAUGAGAAACGCCGGCCGCGCUUCGGGGACAUCAACGAUUGGCCCAACUCCCCCGGUGCAAAGGCAGUCCAGCUCCUCCAAGUACAGACCCCGGAUUUUUCUUUCCCUUCAGGGAGCAAAGCCAAAGCCACCUGGCUAGGCCAUGCCGGUGUCCUAGUCCAACUACCACCUCUCGACUCCCCCAAUGGCCCGCCCGUCCGGGUCCUAUUCGACCCCUUAUUCUCCUCCCGCGCCUCCCCCAGCACCUUCUUCGGCCCGGUCCGCUCCUACCCACCGCCAUGCACCAUCGAAGAUCUCCCACCAAUCCACAUCGUAGCCAUAAGCCACAACCACUUCGACCACAUGUCCGCCGAGGCCCUAAUCUCCAUCUACAACCAAAACCUCACAACCCUCCGCUUCUUCGUCCCCCUCGGCAACAAACACUUCCUCAUCAGCUGGGGCAUCCCCUCCGACCGCAUCAUCGAACUCGACUGGUGGGACUCAGUCCAACUCGGCGCCCAAACCCCCUCCUCGACCGCAUCCCUCAAAAUCCACUGCACCCCCGCUCAACACAACAGUUUCCGCUACUCGGGCGACACCAACCUCGCUCUCUGGUCCAGCUGGUACAUCGAAUACCUCCCCUCCGACCCACACCACAUCCACGGUCCCAAACCCUACCGCGUCUUUUUUGGAGGCGACACGGGAUACCAAUUCCAUCCUUCCCCUGCCUGGCCACCGUCCCCGGCGAACCCGCAUCCUGAUAUCCCCGCCGAAGACGAGACUACCUACCCGCCGUGUCCGGCGUUUGCGGAGAUCCGCGACCGGAUUGGUCCGCCGGAUCUGUUGCUGCUCCCUGUUUCGGUUGGGGCUACCUUUUCGUACCUGCGCAGUUUUGUGCCGUUGCCGAAUUGGGUGAAUCCGUUUCCGAGGCAUACGGCGGGGGUGACGGGGGCGAAUCAUAUGCCGGCGUGGGAUGCGGUGAGGGUUAUGAGGGAGAUGGUGGGGUUGGGAGUGGGAGAUAAGCGUGGUAGCGGUAGUGAUGCGGGGGAAGGGACGGGUAAGGAAGCUGUGGCGAUGGCGGUGCAUUGGGGCACGUUUGUGCCGGACCCGGAGGAGGUCUUGCAUACGUUGGGGUCGCUGGAGUGGGCUUGUCAACAGCAGGGAGUGAAGUUUGUUAGGGAGCUGGGGGAGGCGGAGGAUCGGGAGGGAAGUUCUGAGGGGAGUAGGGGGCUGAGGUUUGCGGCUGUUAAUCAUGGCGGGAGCGUGUGUAUUUAA